CGAGGGAGACCUGUGUUAUGACUUCUCCAACAUGGAGAUAUUCCUGAACCAGAAGUCAAUGAGGGAAUCUUUAGGAGUUGGGGAUAGAGAAUUCGUUUCAUGCAGUAGCGAGGUAUAUGAAGCCAUGCUUGUGGACUGGAUGAGGAAUCUUGAAGUGGGUAUUCCUGCUCUCCUGGAGGAUGGAAUCAAGCUUCUUGUGUAUGCUGGGGAGUAUGAUCUCAUUUGCAACUGGCUCGGGAAUUCAAGGUGGGUUGAUGCCAUGGAAUGGUCUGGAUAGAAACAGUUCAGGGCAACCGUAACCGUUCCAUUUUUAGUUGACAGUGCAGAAGCAAGAUUGCUGAAGAGCCAUGGGCCUCUCAGUUUCCUCGAGGUCCAUGAUGCUGGUCAUAUGGUUCCAAUGGAUCAGCCCAAAGCUUCGUUAGAGAUGCUCAGGAGUUGUUCAUCGCGGGACACAUCAAUUUUUGGAUUUUCUGAAUCAUUCCUCUUAGUUUUUCUUGAACCCUUGAUGCCUUUUUGUUAUAUGCAGACGAAUAUGCAAUUAUUAGCUGACUGUUACUUGCACAACAAUCAAUCUUAUGCUGCGUAUCAUAUUUUGAAGGGAAUGCAAAUGGCUCAGUCCCACUACUUGUUUGCACUAUCAUGCUUUCAGCUGGAUCUUCUUAAAGAAUCCGAAGCUGCAUUAUGUCCUGCUAAUGAGCCAGGUGCAGAGAUUCCAAAUGGUGCAGCCGGUCAUUACCUUCUAGGGCUUAUUUACAGCUGA